AUGUGGUCAAAAGUUUUUUUUUUUCUGACUUGGUCCAUACUAUCGCAUAAAUUGUGCUCAGGAACACCAAUUCCUGAUGUUGAAUAUGAACAAGUGAUUGCUGAACGAUAUUUGUUUGCACCUUUUGCCAAUGAGUCAACUGGUUGGUCUGUACUCACUGGUGUGCAUUCUAUCUGGCAGACUGCUGCAUUACCACAGUAUCAUUCUCAAGCUCAUGGAGGCGUUUGGCUGUUGAUAAAGGGAACCGAUGCUGUGACCCUUCAUAUGUCUUGGAUGUCCCUGUCUGGAAAUGGUAGUUUGGUGGUUCUGUCUGAAAUACAGGUUAGCAGCGAUGCUAGCUAUCUAGCUGUGUCACACGACGCAAACAUGGCAAAUAUUUAUACGGCCGCUCUCAUCUCACCUGAUCGAGUAGAAAUCAUUUUAUGUGAUUCAUCCGAUGCAACAUUCUGUCGAGUUGUACGUACCGUUGUUUUUCCUGCCAGUUUGAUGAAUACGACGAAGAUCACAGCUGGUCUAUUCGUGACGAAUCUUGGAUCUACCGGCUGGUUAUAUAUUGCCAGUGAUACAGGUUUACACGGAUUGGAUUUAUCCACAUUUAUGAUUGUUCCCUUUCUCAAUCGAAUCAACUUGUGUACUACUUCAUUAGCAUGGAGUUCUCGUCGAUGA